CGGACUCCAGCUACAGCUUUAACUUACACAGAAACAAGACAUGUCGGCCAAAGCCGUCUCCGAGCAGACGGGGAAGGAGUUCCUCUACAAGUACAUCCGCACCUCGACACCGGUCCACAACAAGUUCCGCCUCGCCAACGUGACGGGCGAGACCGACUUUGACCGGCUGGUGCAGGAGCAUCCAUGGCUGCUCACAGAGAGACUGGUGGUGAAGCCGGACCAGCUGAUUAAAAGGCGAGGGAAGCUGGGUCUGGUUGGCGUCGACCUGGACCUGAGCGGUGUCAAAGAGUGGCUCAAGCCCCGCCUCAUGAAGGAGACAGUGGUGGGAAAAGCCAAAGGUGUUCUCAAGAACUUCCUUAUUGAGCCGUUUGUUCCUCACAAGCAGGCAGAGGAGUUCUACGUGUGCAUGUACGCCUCUCGGGAGGGGGACUACGUGCUAUUCCACCACGAGGGUGGGGUGGAUGUUGGCGAUGUGGAUGCCAAGGCGCAGAAGCUGCUGAUCGGGGUGGAUAAAAAGAUCAGCGAAGAGCAGGUGAAGAAAGAACUUCUGAGCGAGGCUCCUAUCGACAAGAAAGCCGUUCUCAGCAGCUUCAUCGUUGGACUCUUCAACCUGUACGAGGAGCUCUUCUUCACAUACCUGGAGAUCAACCCUCUGGUGGUCACAAAAGAUGGAGUUUACGUGCUGGACAUGGCUGCAAAGAUCGAUGCAACAGCUGAUUACAUCUGCAAAGCCAAGUGGGAAGAUGUGGAGUUCCCUCCCCCCUUUGGCAGGGAGGCCUAUCCUGAGGAGGCUUACAUUGCUGACCUUGAUGCAAAGAGUGGUGCCAGCCUCAAACUGACUCUGCUCAAUCCUCGAGGCAGAAUCUGGACCAUGGUGGCCGGAGGCGGGGCCUCGGUGGUGUACAGUGACACAAUCUGUGACCUGGGUGGAGUCAACGAGCUGGCCAAUUAUGGGGAGUAUUCAGGGGCACCGAGUGAACAGCAGACCUACGACUACGCCAAGAUCAUCCUGUCCUUGAUGACAAGAGAGAAGCACCCGGAUGGUAAAGUUUUGAUCAUUGGAGGAAGCAUAGCAAACUUCACAAAUGUUGCAGCAACAUUCAAGGGGAUUGUUCGAGCCAUCAAAGACUUUCAGGCACCUUUGAAGGAGCAUGAAGUCUCCAUUUUUGUCCGUCGCGGCGGUCCCAACUACCAGGAAGGUCUCAGGGUGAUGGGCGAUGUUGGAAAAACCACCGGGAUCCCAAUUCAUGUUUUUGGCACAGAAACCCACAUGACCGCCAUCGUCGGCAUGGCUCUGGGUCACAGGCCGAUCCCCACCCAGCCCCCGGUGGCUGCUCACACGGCCAACUUCCUCCUGAACUCCAGCAGCAGCACAUCGACGCCAUCAUCCAGGAGAAAAGCCCAUUCUUCUGGAAACAAAGCUGGAGUUGAGGGCUCACCAACCAAAAAGGUUAAAAGUGGAGCUCCUGUUGCAAAGGCAACAACCCUGUUCACUAAAUACACAAAGGCCUUGGUGUGGGGGAUGCAGACGAGGGCUGUCCAGGGAAUGCUGGACUUUGAUUAUGUCUGUUCCAGAGAUGAUCCAUCCGUUUCAGCGAUGAUCUACCCGUUCACAGGAGACCACAAACAGAAAUUCUACUGGGGACACAAAGAGAUCCUCAUCCCCGUGUAUAAAAACAUGAGUGAUGCCAUGAAGAAGCAUCCUGACGUGGACGUGCUCAUCAGCUUUGCCUCUUUGCGUUCAGCUUUUGAAAGCACCAUGGAGACCAUGCAGUACCCUCAGAUUCGGACCAUUGCCAUCAUUGCUGAGGGAAUCCCUGAAGCCCACACCAGGAGGAUCAUUAAAGUUGCAGAUGAGAAGGGUGUCACCAUCAUCGGACCUGCAACCGUUGGAGGGAUAAAGCCAGGCUGUUUUAAGAUCGGUAACACAGGAGGCAUGCUGGAUAACAUCCUGGCCUCCAAGCUCUAUCGCCCGGGCAGUGUGGCCUACGUGUCCCGCUCGGGCGGCAUGUCCAAUGAACUCAACAACAUCAUCUCCCGCACUACGGAUGGUGUUUUUGAAGGCGUGGCGAUCGGCGGAGACAGAUACCCAGGCUCUGUGUUUACUGACCACGUUCUGCGCUACCAGGACACUCCAGCUGUGAAGAUGAUUGUCGUCCUCGGAGAGAUUGGCGGCACAGAGGAAUACAAGAUCUGCCAGUCCAUUAAACAGGGCAGGAUCACAAAGCCAGUGGUGUGCUGGUGUAUCGGCACCUGUGCCACCAUGUUCUCCUCAGAGGUGCAGUUUGGCCAUGCAGGAGCUUGCGCCAACCAGGCUUCUGAGACGGCAGUGGCCAAGAACAAAGCUCUGAAAGAGGCGGGUGCGUUUGUCCCCACGAGCUUUGACGAGCUGGGAGAGAUCAUCAAGUCUGUGUAUGAUGACCUUGUGGCCAGAGGAGUCAUUCAGCCAGCUGAAGAGGUGCCUCCUCCCACCGUACCGAUGGAUUACUCCUGGGCACGAGAGCUGGGUCUGAUCCGUAAACCAGCCUCCUUCAUGACCAGCAUCUGUGAUGAAAGAGGCCAGGAGCUCCUCUACGCCGGUAUGCCCAUCACUGAGGUCUUCAAGUCUGAAAUAGGCCUGGGAGGAACUCUGGGCCUACUUUGGUUCCAGCGGAGGUUGCCGAAGUACGCCUGCCAGUUUAUUGAAAUGUGCCUCAUGGUAACGGCAGACCACGGCCCUGCUGUUUCUGGAGCCCACAAUACUAUUGUCUGUGCCCGAGCUGGUAAAGAUCUGAUCUCCAGCCUCACCUCAGGCCUCCUCACUAUUGGUGACCGCUUCGGAGGAGCCCUGGACGCAGCAGCAAAGCAGUUCAGCCAUGCGUUUGAUAGCGGCAUGCUUCCAAUGGAGUUUGUCAACAAGAUGAAAAAGGACGGCAGGUUGAUAAUGGGCAUAGGACACAGAGUCAAGUCGAUUAAUAAUCCCGACAUGAGAGUUCAGAUCUUGAAGGACUUUGUGAAGCAGAACUUUCCCUCCUCGCAGCUGUUGGACUACGCUUUAGAAGUGGAGAAGAUCACCACCUCUAAGAAACCCAACCUGAUCUUGAACGUGGACGGCCUCAUCGGUGUUGCCUUUGUGGACUUGCUCAGGACUUGUGGUGGAUUUACACGGGAUGAGGCUGAUGAGUUUGUAGAAGUCGGUGCCUUGAAUGGCAUCUUCGUCCUGGGACGCAGCAUGGGAUUCAUUGGACACUACCUGGACCAGAAGAGGCUGAAGCAGGGACUGUAUCGCCACCCCUGGGACGACAUCUCCUACGUGCUUCCAGAGCACAUGUCUAUGUAA